UUCUACCAGAGUUUUGUCGAAGGUGCAGUGGAGUCGCGGUUGUUCUGUGCACUUAGCGUUUAAAAACUUUAUUUUCAAUGAUUUAGCAUCUUUAAAGUCUGAUAAAUCAAUUUGAAUUAACUAAAAAUUUGUGAUAAGUGCGUACCAAAAUGUAUCAAUUUGAGAAACACUUAACAUUACUUGGGUUCGACACAAAAAUAUCAGAUUGUGACAGGCAAUUAUACUUUAAAGAAUAUGAAGUCAUACGUGAUCAGAUAUUCCUUAGUAUUUGUCAAAUAGAUGAAGAUUUCCGUGACCUUUUCAAUGGCACCUCUUUAUUUGGAAGUCAAUCAACUAAGGUUCCAAUAAAUAUACCAGACGAAUUCGAUGCUAUAAUUAACUUAAAAAUACCAUUUUCUUCGUUAGUAGAAAUGGAACUAGAUGAUGAACGGCCUGGAUUUAUUUAUAUAAAUUUAAAAGAUGUUAUGGAUAAAAUGAGUGAAGACGAAACUUAUGACAGUCUGUAUGAUUUGUUAGAUGACUUAACGAAUGAUUAUUUUUACUUAGAUAGAUCAUGCCUGAAAUAUUGGAUUAGUAAGUUAUUUUGCGCAGGCUUAGAAAAUUUGGAUUAUCGAGUUUUGGGCUGUAAUAGAGACGUUUACUUUUUGGAGUAUUCUACUCGAGGCUUAACUCACACAAUAUAUGCUCAUUGCGAUAACCGCAAAAUUUUAAUUGAUUUUGUUCCCGGUAUAAUGUUUCAAAAACAAAGUUGGAUGAAGUUAAAUUCGUUUAAGUCUUAUAUAACGCGAAAUAAGACUUGGUAUGCAGUUCCGAAGCCUUCAUUCGGAAAUAAAAGAACAAAAUACUGUUCAUUUUUGAUAUGCAAUCCUCAUGGUGAAAACAAAUUGUUGCAUGACCGCCAACAUUUAAAAGUUACUUUCUGUUUAUUGAAGGCACUUUGCAGGUGCUAUAAAAUGAAACGCUUUAAAACUUAUUUCCUUACGACAGCUUUCUUUUGGGAAAUUACAAAAAACAAACCUUCUUUUUGGGAAAAUAGCUUAAGCGAUCUCUUAAUUCAUAUGUUGAAUGUCUUAGAUGACUAUUUUCAAGAUGGCGUUCUUCCGUUUUUUUGGAAUAAAGAUCUAAAUCUACUGGAUAUUUUGAGGGCAUCUGAAAUAAAAAAAUACGCAAAAUUAAUACGUUCAGCAUAUAACACUUUGAGUACAUAUCCAAGCCAACCACUUUUGUCUUUUGAAAGAACUUUGACACAUUUUGAUUUCGAAGAACGAUUUUAAAAAUGAAAAACUUUUUAGGU